GAUGAAGGGGCCACCAUGUGAUUACACUCCACUCCACUCCACUCCACCGUUGCAUUCUCUCUCUACUAACAAAGUCAUACUCACUCUCCAAUUACGUUUGCUCUUUUACGUCCCAUCACUUCCACUCUUAAUCCUUCUCUUCCCAUUCACACUCUCAAUCUCAUCCCAAUCAACAAUCAUAUAUAUCAUCGAUUCGAUUCAUGGACUCCGCACCUGGACCCGACCCGGCCGAGGCGGGGCCGUCGUCCAAGGGCGAGUCAACGGCGGCCCCGCCCCCCAGCCGCUAUGAGUCCCAGAAGCGGCGCGACUGGAACACGUUCCUUCAGUACCUCAAGAACCACAAGCCGCCGCUGACCCUGACCCGAUGCAGCGGCGCGCACGUGAUUGAGUUCUUGAAAUAUUUGGACCAGUUCGGGAAGACCAAGGUGCACUCGGCCGAGUGCCCCAACUUUGGGCAGCUCAGUCCGCCCGCCCCCUGCGCCUGCCCCUCCAGGCAGGCCUGGGGCAGCUUGGACUCCCUCAUCGGCCGCCUCCGCGCCGCAUACGAGGAGCACGGGGGCAAGCCUGACUCCAACCCCUUCGGCGCGAAGGCGGUCAGGAUUUAUCUCAGAGAAGUCAGAGAGAGUCAGGCCAAAGCCCGAGGCAUUCCUUAUGAGAAAAAGAAGCGCAAGAGACCGGAUCGCAGCGCCCGAGGAGAUGAUGGGGAUGGCGAUGGCAGUGGCAGUGGUGCGGCAGGUGGAGAGUUGACCGUUGGGGUAUGAUUGAUGGUCGAAAAAUGUCCACUACAAAAAAAAACUCGCCUUCUCCAUAGUCUGACACUGUUAGCAGCGGACUGGCGACGCAUUAAAAAAAAACUCGCCUUCUCCAUAGUCUGACACUGUUAGGAUGAGAUUCCUCUACAGUUACUAAACAAGUAAGACAUGGUACUGUAAUUAUAAAUUGCUUCCAAUUUCGUUUAACUUUUUUAUUAUCUUACAUAUUGUUUCUCUUAA